AAUACUUGGCUUGUCCUCCCCUGCCUCCAGCUGAUCACCACUCCCAAGGCUGAGAACAACAUGUACGUCCAACAGCGGGAUGAGUAUCUGGAGAGCUUCUGCAAAAUGGCCACCAGGAGGAUCUCUGUGGUCACCAUCUUUGGUCCUGUCAACAACAGCUCCUUGAAAAUUGACCACUUUCAGCUAGAUAAUGAGAAACCUAUGCAUGUGGUGGAUGAUGAGGACUUGGUGGACCAACAUCUCAUCGGCGAGCUGAGGAAAGAGUAUGGAAUGACCUACAAUGACUUCUUCAUGGUGCUGACAGAUGUGGAUUUGAGAGUCAAGCAAUACUAUGAAGUGCCAAUCACGAUGAAGUCUGUGUUCGAUCUGAUCGAUACUUUCCAAUCCCGAAUCAAAGACAUGGAGAAGCAGAAGAAGGAGGGCAUUUCCUGCAAGGAGGACAAGAAGCAGUCCCUGGAGAAUUUCCUGUCCAGGUUCCGAUGGAGGAGGCGGUUGCUGGUGAUCUCUGCCCCUAAUGAUGAAGACUGGGCCUAUUCACAACAGCUCUCUGCCCUCAGUGGUCAAGCAUGCAAUUUUGGUCUGCGUCACAUAACCAUUCUGAAACUUUUGGGCGUUGGAGAGGAAGUUGGAGGCGUUUUAGAACUGUUCCCAAUUAAUGGGAGCUCCACUGUUGAGCGGGAAGAUGUGCCAGCCCACCUGGUGAAAGACAUUCGCAACUAUUUCCAAGUGAGCCCAGAGUACUUCUCCAUGCUUCUAGUUGGAAAAGAUGGGAAUGUUAAGUCUUGGUAUCCUUCUCCUAUGUGGUCGAUGGUCAUCGUGUAUGACUUAAUUGAUUCCAUGCAACUUCGGAGACAGGAAAUGGCCAUUCAGCAGUCACUGGGGAUGCGCUGCCCAGAAGAUGAGUAUGCAGGAUAUGGCUACCACAGUUACCACCAAGGAUACCAGGAUGGCUACCAGGAUGACUACCGUCAUCAUGAAAGUUACCACCAUGGAUACCCUUACUGAACAGAAAUAUGUAACCCUAUUCCCAUCCAGUUUCCCCUUCAUCUGCUAAAGCUGUGUGUGGUCAGCUACAUAAGGGAAGUCGUCCAUACUCUACAUUCUCUGCCCUUUUCUUUCAAGAUUAAAGAAACAGUAAACUUUCCCCUA